ACUCCGAGAGGGUAGGGAGUCGGGACUGAAAAACCGAGGAAAAUGGGAGAGAAAAUUUGAGGAAAAGAUACGUAAUAUCCUUUCUUAAAGGGCAUAAUUUGAGAGAGAGAGAGAGAGAGAGAGAGAGGCAGGAACUAUAUUAAUUAAUUAACCACCAGAAAGUUAGAAACUUAAUUUUAACACUUCCCUCUCAUUCUUUUCGUCCCCGUUCUCUGUGCUUUGGCUUUUUCUUUUUUGCAAAUAAUCCCCUCUAACCCCCCAACAACGUCAACGCUCUUGUUGUUUCACACAUCAGCCGCCCCAACUGUCUUCUCUCCUUCUCUGUCUCCCGAGAUCUUAUUUUUACAUGUCGGUGAUCGGUUGAUCGGUGAAACGAAAAAGACGCUACAGAGAUCUCAGCGGACCACUACAACGCAGAUCUUUGGCAAUUCCUGUAGACUCUGUAUCUGGGUCUUGUUUGAUUCGCUAUGAGUUGGAAAUACAGGGCUGGGUUGUUCCUGAUAGCUGCUGUUGUUGUUAUAUGGGUCUCCUCUGCAGAAGUCACCCAGGGCAUAUUUACAGACUAUAAGCAGCCAUUUGCAGUAACAUAUCUUGGAGCUUCUCUUUUGGUAGUCUACCUUCCAGUAGCAUUCUUAAAGGAUUGGGUGUGUGGUAUCCUAAAACGUCGCUCUUCUAAAAGUGGAAAAAAUGCGGAAAGCAUGAAUGAAUUUUCUGUUGGUUUGAGUUCUACUCUAAAAUACAUUGGAGGCCAGAAGAACUUUGAAUUGGAACUUGGAACCUUGAAUAGAAAAGAUAGUGAAGCAGACCUUUCACCUCUCGCAGAAGGAAGGCCAUUGAUUGCUAAACACAAAGAUGAUGCACACAUACUGAAACAAGAUAGAGAGCUUACAACCAGAGAAAUUGCUACUUACGGAUUUUACAUUGCCCCGAUCUGGUUUGUAACUGAGUAUUUAUCAAAUGCUGCACUGGCACGUACAAGCGUUGCAAGUACAACAGUAUUAUCCUCUACUUCAGGACUUUUUACUCUUUUCAUCGGUGCGUUUCUUGGCCAAGAUUCUUUAAACAUUGCAAAAGUAGUUGCUGUCUUUGUAAGCAUGGCUGGUGUUGCCAUGACGACUCUUGGAAAAACCUGGGCUACAGAUGAUUCACAAAUGAAUGCUUCUGCCAAUGGGAAACGUUCUCUUGUUGGGGAUCUUUUUGGCCUUCUCUCGGCUAUGUCAUAUGGUUUAUUUACAGUGCUUCUAAAAAAGUUUGCAGGUGAAGAAGGAGAAAGGAUUGAUGUGCAGAAGUUGUUCGGCUAUAUAGGAUUAUUUUCGCUUGUAGCAAUGUGGUGGCUUGUUUGGCCAUUGACAGCAUUGGGACUUGAACCCAAGUUCACAAUUCCUCAUUCUGCCAAGAUGGACGAAGUUGUUCUUGCCAAUGGCUUUGUAGGAAGUGUCCUCUCUGACUAUUUUUGGGCACUAUGUGUUGUAUGGACGACUCCACUUGUAGCCACCUUGGGCAUGUCACUCACCAUCCCUCUUGCUAUGUUGGCUGACAUGGUAAUCCAUGGUCGUCACUAUUCAGCAAUUUACAUUCUUGGUUCAGUUCAGGUAUUUGCAGGUUUUAUAAUAGCAAACCUUUCAGACUGGUUCUCAAAGAAGUUGGGAUUAUAGCAUUUCGUUACAUUCUUGUUAGCUUAAUCUGGGAAAUCCUAAUUCUUUCUCCAUUGUUUUGAUUUGGAUGCCACAUUCAUAAUUCUCGUGACCAAAGUUCCUUUCCGGUAAUAUGCAUCAAUGGCAUCUCAGCAAGUGGAAAGUGGUGAAUGUUACUGUACUAUAGUUGAUUGUGUAAAUGAAGGUUUUGUCUUUUCGUUGGGUUUUGAGUGUUGGCCCCCAUAGUGUAAUAACUUCUCUUUUUGGUCAAAUGAAAAUAUUUAUUUUUAUCAAUGUUUCUUAUGAACGUUUGCAACAUCUUUCUAUUUUGGGAAUGGUUUUUAAUC